AUGGUAAUCAUAAACAGUGCGAGCUCCAGCACAAACGGGAGCGCUCCAUAUAAAGGUUCCCAGCAGGUCAAUAACAACAGUGUCAAUGGAGUGAGUACACAAUCUACUUCGAGUGCGGAAGUAAAUGGAACCAACCUGAGUCGGGAAGGAAGCAUUUCAAUCAGUAUCACACCUACGGCUAACACAGGAACGGUAUCGAAUGGUACACCAAACAAUUUGUCAUCGCCUAAUGUACAUCACGGUGAUUCGCUCUCACCUCGAGCGUCUGAAUCAUCACUCAACAAACGAGCAAACUCUUUUUCUUCAAACAACAAUGUUGGUAACACCCCAGCUACUCCCGUUCAUACUCAAUUUGCCCUAAAGCCUGAGGAGGAUAGUGAUGAACCAAAGAAAAUUAUUAAAAAUGCAAAGAAAAAGAAAUGGCAUGUCAAUGCUAUGGGAGAGAUCAUUUAUAAGGAACACAACUCGUAUAACUUGAUGAGACAAAUUCAGAUGGGUAUAAGAUCUGCAAUUAGUGAAAUCACUCCUAAAAAGCAAAAAGAUGUGUUGACCUACAAAGAUUUUACAAACACAAACAAAAUGCCUUUCCCAGAAAAAGGAACAACUAGAACCCCACCACACGAGUUUCCAUACUUUGAUUUUUAUGACUAUGCACCAUUCCCUUUUAGACAUUUGAGAGAAAGAUUUGGUAUCGACGCGUCCGACUUUUUAGUUUGUUUAUGUCACGAACAAUCACUUUCAAUUCUUGGUACUCCUGGAAAAAGUGGUGCUUUGUUCUUCUUCUCUGCUGACAUGCAAUACAUGCUCAAGACUGUCACAAAGAAAGAGUCCAAGUUCUUGAGAAAAAUAUUACCUGAUUAUUAUAACCAUGUAAUGGCUAAUCCUAACACUUUGAUUACACGUUUCUAUGGAAUGUACAGUAUAAAACCAAAAGGAGGAAAAAACGUAAGAUUUGUCAUUAUGAAUAAUGUAUUUGACACAACAACAUAUGUUGCCGAAAGAUAUGAUCUGAAAGGAUCAACAAUAGGAAGAGAGGCAUCUGAAAAAGAAAGAAAAAGAGAAACACCUGUUUUAAAGGAUUUAGAUUUUUUGAAACGAGAAAAAAAGCUUGCCAUUGGACCUCAAAUGAAAAACGUUUUUCUCCAUCAACUACAACUUGAUGCUGAAUGGUUAGAGAAAAUGAAAAUUAUGGACUAUAGUUUGCUGGUAGGAGUUCACAAAAUAGAUCCAGAAACUGAGGCAGACAUUCUCAAAGAAGCACAAAAUUGUACGAUCAAACUUUCAGAUUCAGAUAUUCCUUCGGAUAUGAAUGGAUUUACAGCAAUUCAUGGACAGAGCUCUGUUGCAAGCUCUAGUGCUGUUUCUUCAUCCUCAUAUUUAGGAGGAGAUGCUGGAACUGCAUCCUCCUCACUGAACACUUCUCAUCCAAUUGCAGAUAUUGUUCAUCAUCAUGAAACACCUGUUGUAAAUAGUUCAGAAAUUACUAUUGAAAUAACGCCAGGAGAGGAAAUUGCGAAUCAUUCCCAACCUGUUAUUCAACAACCACAGACUCAAGGCAAUUCAACACCAAGCUCUCAGAAAAAGUUUCCAUUUGAUAACACUUCAAGUCAAGGAAGAAAGAGCGGAGAUAGUACGGCUUCAUUCUUUGGAAGAUUUAUGCCGAACAACAACAGAGCUAGCGUGUCUCUAAAAAAGCUCUAUCGAGGACCUCGUGCAUCAUUAUUCCAACAAUUUCAUGGUGGAACUCUUUCUCUCCCUCUCGAAGACGGAACUAGAGAGAUUUAUUAUUUUGGAAUCAUUGAUCUGCUUCAGAAAUGGAACAACAAGAAACAAAUUGAACAUAUUUUCAAAGGCUUUGUAAGCGAUAGAAAUCAAAUUUCGGCUGUUUCACCCAAGCAUUAUGCAGCUCGAUUUGUGAAGUUUUUGGAUGAUGGUCUCAUGUAA